GGAUAAAAAAGGUUAGAUUGUGCUAAUAUUUGUUUGGCCCUUCGCACGGAUCCAAAUCCAGAUCAUACCGAAGAAGAAGAAGACACGCACCAUCGUCCUCCUCCAUAUCCAAGAGGAAGCUUUCAUUUGAAUCUGAAUUGAGGAUCAAAGAUGGGAUUCCUAAUAACAACUCUAAUCUUCGUGGUCGUUGGGAUAAUUGCUUCUUUGUGCGUUCGAAUCUGCUUCGCUAGAGGCCCCUCCACAAAUCUGCUUCACUUCACCUUGGUCAUUACUGCCACGGUCUGCUGCUGGAUGAUGUGGGCGAUUGUAUAUAUUGCCCAGAUGAAUCCUCUGAUUGUCCCAAUCCUAAGCGAAACAGAGUAGCAUCCUCUAGAGGAAAUUAUGCGCAAAGUGAGUACUACCUUCUUCUGUUUCCGAUUCUUGUGUCUCGUCUCUAAACGGUUUGUAAUUCUGUAUCCUGGUGUGAACAAAUCAUAAACUUUUUGCCUCUGUACUAUUGAAAUUUCCAUGUAUUCAAUUCCCAAAAACUGCUGAGAUGCUCAAAACAAUGUAUUGUUUGAUGAAAUAAUGUCUUGGACGGGGACGAGAUUGUCGAGUUUUA